GCAAAUUCAAGACCAGGCGUCUCGCAGCCUAUUGGUUAGCAGUCAAUAAUUUACAUGAUUGUAGCGAGCUCGACCAAUUAUAUGUAAGUGGGCGGAGCUUGAAGGGUCUUCCUGAGUAAAUAGGUUUGUGUGAGUGAGUGUGUGUGCGCAUGCGCCACUGCCAGCGCUCUGUAGAAUGGCGGCUGCGUCUUGUGGGCUUCACGGCGGCGCCACGGCAAAGACACACAAAGAACCUCUACGAAAAAGUAAAGAUUCACGUCGGAGACAAGCGGCCCUGCUGUUUUUGAAUAACAUCUCCUUAGACGGACGGCCUGUCUACGCUCUCGGUAAUGGCCUCGGAGAAACCUGGAACCAAAGCGUUGAAGUCGGACCACCGGCGGUUUCUCUCCCGGUGUCGACGGCGAGCAGCUGCGGAAAUUUCAGCCAGCUGUCACCGUUCAGUGGAACUGCUUUACCGAGGACUAACACUUGUCCCCCGGCUCCGCUCCCCCUGACAGCGAUAGCAGGGCUCAUUCAAGGGGGAAACAGCAGUGAGGUGUCCUUGGAGAGCGGAAGAAUGGAUCCUUUGUCAUAUGUAGGAUUCCCUCUUCCUCCGACCUCCGGAGCUCAAAACCAGCACCCGAUCAUUGCUAAAUCUCCGGCCGUGGUGUCAGGUGCGAACUCCGGACCUCUGGAUCUCCGACAGCGAACACGUAAUCAGUCAGGGUCACCUGGGCCCGUGGUUUAUAAGAAGGUGCACUUCAUCAAAAACAUGCGGCAGUAUGACACUCGAGGCAGCAGGAUUGUUGUGAUAUGUGCCAAACGGUCUCUGUGUGCUGCUUUCUCUGUACUGCCCUAUGGGGAGAGCUUUCACAUCAGUGAGGAGGCCCAGAGACAGAGGAACCCAUCAGGAGGAGCAGUUGAUACGGUUCCUGUGUUGGAGGGCGUGGAACUGGGGGCUUUGGGGAAGACAGUAUCUUAUGCCCGGUUCCUACUUCCUACCAAUGCCCUGGUCAGGCAGAAAAGCAACAUCCCUCUGGAUACCGGCACUGUUCAGACACCGAUGUCCCGCAACUGGAUAAACGGCCAGAAGAACUUCUCUCACCAACGUUUCAGUAGCACCGUCGGACAAGAAGCUGGUGCAGACGAGUUAUCAGAUUAUGACCCCAACCUGUUGAGUGAUCCUCAGUGGCCAUGUGGGAAGCACAAGAGGGUCUUGAUCUUUAGUUCUUAUGUGACAACUGUGAUUGAAUACGUAAAACCAUCUGACUUGAAGAAAGAUAUGAAUGAGACGUUCAAGGAAAAGUUUCCCCAUAUUAAGCUGACAUUGAGCAAGAUUAGAAGCUUGAAGAGAGACAUGCGUGCAGUGAGCGAGGAGUGUGGUCUACAGCCGGUUACCAUAGCGAUGGCCUAUGUGUACUUUGAGAAGCUGGUUCUGCAGGGUCGACUGAACAAACCCAACAGAAAACUCGUAUCUGCGGUGUGUGUGCUGCUGGCAGCCAAGAUCAGCAGUGACCUCAAGAAACUGGAGGUCAAACAGCUGAUAGAUAAGCUGGAGGAGCGUUUUCGAAUAAGUCAUCGGGAGCUCAUCCCCCUGGAGUUCCCCGUUCUGGUUGCACUGGAAAUGGCUCUCUACCUCCCGGAAAGUAAGGUCAUGCCACACUAUCGCAGGUUGGUGCAACAGGUGUAGAAUCAGAGAAAGACCCUCCAGCUGCUGAACCCUAAACAAAUUCGGUUAAACACAGGACUCUAAUGACCUUAUUGAAUUCAGUUGUGUGAUCGUCCAAAAGCAUUUUCAGUCUUCCAUGUAGUAUAACCCUCAUGGUUGGAGUGCUUGUAAGUUUUGGAGCUGGACAUUUAUCACACUUUUUUUUUUUUCUGAAGUGUUUUUACUUAUGACUUUUUUAUGUCAUUCUUCUUCAAUAUUUUAUUUAUCAAUACAACUGUGUAUUUAUAGAUUUUAUCUUUAUAUAUGUGGACUGACUGUUUUUUUCCCCCCUAACUUAAGGUAAUGUGGAGUGUAUUUUGUCUGUGUAAUGUUCUCAAGCAUAUCCUGAAAAUGACUCUAUGUUAGAGAUGACGUUUUUCAGGCACGUUAAUUGUGCCGUCCAAAUCAGAUGUUCCAUGCGCUCCCUAGUUAUAUGGUUUCGUCUCUUUUCGCUCUGUAGAUUGAGUGUGCAGUGAAAUGUUGUGUGAGCAGUGUAUGUGAUUCUAAUGUUGAAAUGUUCUGUAGCUUUAGAUACGAGAGUGCCAAUUUAAUCAGACCAGCCUGUAAUUAUUUGGUUGAAACGAGAUUAAGUUAUUCAUUUUUUCUAUUACUGUAUUGCACAAAGGAGUCUAAAAUGGAAACUUUAAGUAUGUAGUUCUGAAAACGGUACAAAGUGCAUGAUGAAAAGCUUUGCUGUGUGGACAUGGCUGUGCUCUGUGUGUAUUUAAUCACCACUGACUAAUAGGGGUUUGGUGGUUAGUCCAAACACUGUAUUGCAAAAGAUAAAUCGCUGUUUAUGAUCCUGUGGUCUCCUGAGUAACAGGUAAAACCAUCAGCGAGCCAGUGAUCUGUUUGUGUUGUAUUGUGAUGUACUGCAUUUGGUGCAAUGUGUACUCGUCAUAUGAAUGUACUGUACGCUGUACAUAGUCACGCUUAUUUUAUCUGGAACGAAGACAGAAGCUAUAGCCUAACAGUCCACAGUAGAUAAGGCUGAACCACUGUGAAUGACUGCUAUAAUUUAUUUUCCUAGGAAUUUAUCUAUGAACCAACAAAUGAAGUUCAGUUGUACAGUGCUGUGAGAAACUAUUUGCCCCAUCCUGAUUUAUUCUGUUUUUGUGUAUAUCUUGUACUAAAGCUUUAGAUUGUCACAAGCCUUAAUGUUCUUCUGGGUUAGCAGUGGUUUUCACCUCGCCACACUUCCUGGGAUGCCUUCCCCCCCUAGUGUAUUUCAUGAACAGUCAUCUUUACUGGUCCAAGACAGGCCUGUAGGUCCUUUGAUGUUGUCCUUGGCUCUUUUGUGACUUCCUGGAUGAGUAGUUGCUGUGCUCUUGGAGGAAUUUUUGGAUGGUCAGUCACAUCUGGGAAGGUUCACUACUGUGCUGAUUUUUUUUUUUUCCCAUUUGGAAAUAAUGACUCUCACUGUGGUUCUUUUGGAAUCCCAGAGCCUUUGAAAUAGUUUUGUAAUCCUUCCCAGAUUGAUGUAUUUCAAUCACCUUCUUCCUCAUCAUUUCUAGAACUUCUUUCAAUUUUGGCAGUGUGUUACUGUGUAAGACCUUUUACCCAAAUUCAUGCUGUUGAAAAAGUUCUAUUUAAGUGCUGAUUUGAUUGAACAGGGUUUGUAAUAAUCAGGCCUGGUUACAUCUAGUCCAGCUGAACCCCAUUAUGAAUACAGUUUCAUAGAUUUGGGGAAUAAGUAACUACAGGGGCAAAUAUUUUUCACACAGGCCCAUUGGUAUUGGAUAACUUUUGCUUCAAUAAAAAACUUUCAUUUAAAAACUGUA